AUGAGGUACAAGGACCAGGGCGAGGAGAUAUCAGUUAAACAGCAUGCUGACACCGGGCUGCAGGGAGAGCUCUCACACUCAAGGCGCCAAGUCCUUCGCUGGAUAGCUGCUACUUAUACAUAUAGUUCCUCCAAAUCAGUCGCACACAUGGCAUACUUCCAUCUGCUGUUUUAUCUCCUGAGGUGUAGCCCUCUUCGAACUACCAGGAUAUUAAAGCCUUCCGCUCUAUUCAGUAGCAUCAAGCCAGAAGUUCAAACCAUAGCCAACUACACCCUCGCCCCGGCUCAGAACGGCACAUCUGCUUAUGAGCAGCAGACAGGCAUCGUGACCAAUCGAACCGCUUCCUUGACUUAUCUAAUCUUCAUUUUAUGCUUCUUCUCCCUGCUUAAUUUGGUGUAUCCGAAUGCCGCUUACCUCUUGGUACAGGAUUAUUUUCUGGGACCACACAAUAGCACCUGUACAUGGAGGCCAGAAGAGCUAUUCCUUAUUCAGGUAUGGCUUAUUGUAGUGCAAAACCCGCCUUCAAUUCCGACUCUUUGGAGCGAAUCAUUUACUCGUCUCCUCUCCUGCCGAUAUCAAGAAGAUGACAUAUUCAUCUCCGACGUAUGUUAUGUACCUAAAGUCAAGGCAGGUGUGAUUACGGCUGAUAACAACGUUCUAAUGUCGAGACGGAUAGGAAUAAUGCAGCAAGAUACCAACGUUGAAUUUUUAUCUUCCAAAGAAGGAAUUGCCACUUCUCUCGUUCAAUUCACACACCUCCCCGGUUUCUUCCAAUUCACGGGGAACCUCGCAUCUUCAGGUUCGGUGAAUGCGGUAUGCGGGCCAGUUCUGUUAAAGAAAAGCCCAGGGAUUAAUCGAAUCUUUCUAAAACUUGGACGGAAACAUCCAUUCCUCACGUAG